GGUCGGCUCGCCCGGGCUGGCUGAGCAAUUCCUGAGGCGCUCAGGCGCACCCCCAACGCUAACUCCGCCUAUUCAAUCCCUGCGGCUCCCCCUCUCCCCCUCCCAGUCCUCCUCCCGGCUCCCGCCCGCCCCCUUCGCCCUGGCGGUAGGAAACACUCCUGAAUUUAACUCGACGUGUCCGGAAAGCCCUGGCCAGUUUUCCUUUCGUUCUGCGGCCGCUGCAGCCAACCCAGCGGCUCCCUCGGACCCGCGGGCGUAGCUGCGGUGGUGAGGCUCCUGGCGACCGCGGACCGAGAGCCGGGGACCCCCAAGCACCAUGCUAGACCCGUCUUCCAGCGAAGAGGAGUCCGACGAAGGGCUGGAAGAGGAGAGCCGCGAUGUGCUGGUGGCAGCCGGCGGCUCGCAGCGAGCUCCGGCGGCCCCGGCUCGGGAAGGGCGGCGGGACGCGCCGGGGCGCGCGGGCGGCGGCGGCGGCGGCGCGGCCAGAUCCGUGAGCCCGAGCCCCUCGGUGCUCAGCGAGGGGCGAGACGAGCCCGAGCGGCAGCUGGACGAUGAGCAGGAGCGGAGAAUCCGCCUGCAGCUCUACGUCUUCGUCGUGAGGUGCAUCGCGUACCCCUUCAACGCCAAGCAGCCCACCGACAUGGCCCGGAGGCAGCAGAAGCUUAACAAGCAACAGUUGCAGUUACUGAAAGAACGGUUCCAGGCCUUCCUCAAUGGGGAAACCCAAAUUGUAGCUGAUGAAGCAUUUUGCAACGCAGUUCGGAGUUAUUAUGAGGUUUUUCUAAAGAGUGACCGAGUGGCCAGAAUGGUUCAGAGUGGAGGGUGCUCUGCUAAUGACUUCAGAGAAGUGUUUAAGAAAAACAUAGAAAAACGUGUGCGGAGUUUGCCAGAAAUAGACGGCUUGAGCAAAGAGACGGUCUUGAGCUCAUGGAUAGCCAAAUAUGAUGCCAUUUACAGGGGUGAAGAGGACUUGUGCAAACAGCCAAAUAGGAUGGCCCUGAGUGCAGUGUCUGAACUUAUUCUGAGCAAGGAACAACUCUAUGAAAUGUUUCAGCAGAUUCUGGGUAUUAAAAAACUAGAACAUCAGCUCCUUUAUAAUGCAUGUCAGCUGGAUAAUGCAGAUGAACAAGCAGCCCAGAUCAGAAGGGAACUUGAUGGCCGGCUGCAAUUGGCAGAUAAAAUGGCAAAGGAAAGAAAAUUCCCCCAAUUUAUAGCAAAAGAUAUGGAGAAUAUGUAUAUAGAAGAGCUGCGGUCUUCAGUGAAUUUGCUAAUGGCCAAUUUGGAAAGUCUUCCAGUUUCAAAAGGUGGUCCAGAAUUUAAAUUACAAAAAUUAAAACGUUCACAGAAUUCUGCAUUUUUGGACAUAGGGGAUGAGAAUGAGAUUCAGCUGUCAAAGUCUGACGUGGUACUAUCAUUCACCUUAGAGAUUGUCAUAAUGGAAGUGGAAGGCUUGAGGUCAGUUGCUCCCAAUCGAAUUGUUUACUGUACAAUGGAAGUGGAAGGAGAAAAACUGCAGACAGACCAGGCCGAAGCCUCAAGGCCACAAUGGGGGACUCAAGGAGAUUUUACCACCACCCAUCCUCGGCCUGUGGUCAAAGUGAAACUCUUCACAGAAAGCACUGGAGUUCUGGCCCUAGAAGAUAAAGAACUGGGAAGGGUGAUAUUAUACCCAACUUCUAAUAGCUCCAAAUCAGCUGAAUUACACCAAAUGGUAGUUCCAAAAAAUAGCCAGGACUCUGACUUAAAGAUCAAAUUGGCAGUGCGAAUGGAUAAACCAGCACAUAUGAAGCAUAGUGGAUAUCUGUAUGCCCUUGGACAGAAGGUUUGGAAAAGAUGGAAAAAACGUUACUUUGUUCUAGUUCAGGUUAGUCAUUUUUUUCCUAUUAAAUAAUCAUUCUAAGAUAGCAAUUCUCAA